AAAAGCAAGAAGGAAAUAACUUGGCGGCGGCGACCAUAAGACUUUUCCCACGCUCGUGUCCUACAUAGAUAACACACGGACCAACACCGCAGCAGACGUUGACAACAUGAUCCUCCUCGAGUCCCAUAAUCUCAUAAUUCAGACAACGCUUGCUGAGAAGAUCGCAAAGCCGUCGUCUCUCGAUGUUCUCUUUGUAGAUUUUGAUGGCGUGAGGUUUCAUCUUUCUACGCCGGAAAAGAAGACAGUGGUUCAGCUUUCCAUGAAUAUCCGAUGCUGGGAUGAGCUAGUUGCAUACGGCGCGAUGCAGAUAUUGCAACGGGAAUAUGGCCCGCUCAUUAAGCAGCAGACAGAGCCAGAAUAUAACAUCAGUCUUGAUAUAGAUAUUGAUCAGGUCCCAGCUGAUGAAGAAAGCAGAGAAGCAUUUGUAAAAUCUAUCUCGCUAUUCAAGCGGAACGCUCUGGCGGCACCAUUCGAGCUCGCGUUUAAGCAGCAAAAAGAGUUGGAAGCAACAGGUGGUGCUCAGGGGCAGUUAAUGCAGAUCCACUAUCGCGACGAAGAAGCCAUCUACAUUCAAGCAUCGCCCGACCGUGUCACUGUGAUAUUCUCGACAGUCUUCAGAGAGGAGACCGAUCGUAUUUUUGGCAAGGUGUUCUUGCAGGAAUUUGUGGACGCACGACGACAGCCUAGUAUUCAAAAUGCCCCCCAAGUGCUCUACACCAACCGCGACCCACCCUUAGAAAUCCGUGAUCUCGCAGGUCUACGGAACACUGAUGACAUCGGCUAUGUCACCUUUGUUCUCUUCCCUCGCCACUUUGCGAAUGCCGACAUCUCGUUCAAUACGAUAUCGCACGUACAGUUAUUCCGUGAUUAUCUGCACUACCACAUCAAGUGUUCAAAGGCGUACAUGCACUCCCGUAUGCGUCAUCGUGUAGCCGAGUUCCAGAAAGUCCUGAACCGCGCGAAGACGGAGGCUGCAACAACUGAACGCAAGACUGUCACUGGCCGAACUAUGACGAAUCGGUGAGAUGGACGGACGAGGUACCUUACCCAGCGUCAUGUAACUUUAGUUUUAUAUUCGUCAAGACUUCUCCUUUGAAAAUCAACCUACUAUACAGCUAUGGUUCUCAACGAAGGGAUUCCAUUAUCUUUGUCGCGAACCACAAGUUGUGGUUUGCAGAGAAUUCAAGGACACCUACCGACAUUUCUCUCGAGCAUUUGACAAAAUUGACAUUCUUUUCUCUUCUCUCCAUGGUGCAGCCCGCAGUUGCCAGUCAGCCCUGCAGCAUCUCAGACUUGUUACUGACCUCCACAGGCAAAUUACUGGCUGCAUACGUGCACUCUCAUACGCGUCAUAUGUAUGCUAUAUUAGAGUUGAGUGUG